CCGUCAGUAGUGGGCUGUGUCACAGAAAAGUCCAUGCGAGUAGCGGAGAAACUUCACGAAUGUAAAUAUAGACCUAACAACGGAGUUUACGUCCUCGCGCGUUCUUUCUUUUUUCUCCUUUGAUCCAUGCGAACAUGCCGCGCAAAAAGCCUUUUAGUAACAAACAGAAAAAGAAGCAGCUCCAGGUGAAACGCGAGAAAAAGAGAGGAGAACCAGGUUCAAGUCACAGUAGCCGAAAUGCCAGUGUGGAGAGAGGACCUGGCAGAGACAGACAGUCGGAUACAUCAGACAGCGAGACGACGGACAUCAGGAGGAUCAACCAUCAGCCUGGUGCCAGAGACGGCAGAUAUGACCCCAACAGAUUCCGUCUGCACUUUGAGAGGGAGAGCAAGGAGGAGGUGGAGAAGAGGAAGAAAAUAGCGAUGAAGAAAAUCCUGAAGCCGGUGGCAGAAAAGGAACUAGAGAUGGAUAUAAACCAGAUCUUCCCCGAAGAGAAAGGCCUGGAUAUCCCACGGCGGCCCUCGUGGCAUUACGAAAUGCGGCGAGAGGAGUUGCUGCGGAAAGAGGAGAAGUCAUUUCUGGAGUAUCUGGACACUCUUCACUCCAAAAACCCACCCGGUAGCCUCAGCCACUUUGAGCACAAUCUCGAGACAUGGAGGCAGCUGUGGAGAGUAUUGGAGAUGUCUGAUGUCAUUCUACUCAUAGUGGAUAUCAGACACCCAGUGCUGCAGCUUUCUCCUGCUGUGUAUCACUACAUCACUGGUGAGUUAAAGAAGUACAUCAUCCUGGUGCUCAAUAAGGUGGACUUGUGCCCCGCCCCGCUGGUGUUGGCAUGGAAACACUAUCUGACUAAACAGUUCCCCCACCUGCACUGUGUCGGCUUCACCUCGCACCCAGGACAACCCUACAGCACCCUUCUACAGAAGAAGAGGGUGAGGAAGAAAGCAGGAUGGAAUCAGGUAGGAGGGCCGUUCCAAAUCAUGAGAGCGUGUCAGGAGAUCACAGCAGGAAGAGUGGAUUUGAACAGCUGGGAGAAGAAGAUCCAGAGGGAUGCUGUUGCUGUGGGAACAGAGGGGGAUCGGGCUGAUGAUGAUGGAUCGGAAUCUGUGCUGAUGGAGCAUCAUACUGAUGUUGCCAUGGAAAUGAACAGCCCCACGCAAGAACUUUAUAAAGAUGGAGUACUAACCUUGGGCUGCAUAGGUUUUCCUAAUGUAGGCAAAUCUUCAGUGCUGAACAGUCUGGUUGGCAGGAAGGUCGUGAGCGUGUCUCGAACCCCAGGUCACACAAAAUAUUUCCAAACAUACUACCUCACUCCCACUGUGAAACUGUGCGAUUGUCCUGGGCUUGUCUUCCCUUCCCAAGUGGACAAGCAGCUACAGAUCCUGGCUGGUAUAUAUCCAGUGUCCCAGCUGCAAGAGCCUUACAGUUCAGUAGGAUACCUGUGUGAACGGACUGACUUCCUGUCUGUAUUAAAGCUGAAACAUCCCGACCACUGCCCAGAAAUGCCACGUGACCCCGACACACAGGACUGGACAGCAUGGGACGUGUGUGAAGCCUGGGCUGAUAAGAGAGGGUAUAAGACUGCUAUGGCGGCCCGUAAUGAUGUUUAUCGAGCAGCCAACAGUCUACUGCGUUUGGCAAUCGACGGACGGUUGUGUCUGUGUCUGCGGCCACCUGGAUACUCUCAGAGUAAAGAUGAAUGGGAAUCACACCCAGACCUGUCCGAGAUCAUUGCUCUACAAGGAAGAAAGGAUGAAGAGGAUAGGGGUGGCAGGGAAGACGACGACGGUGAAUCCAGCUCAGAGCUGGAAGAGGACAACGAUCGAGACGCAGAUGAUGAUGAAGACGCUUAUGGGGAUGAUGAAGAUGAUACCGUGAAGGCUUGCAAGAAGGGCCUCACUCUCAACAUGUUCAGCGUGCUAAGACAAAACGAGUGUGAGUGAGGGAUGAGAUCUCUCUCCUUCUCAUUCCAUGUUCAUACAUUCCGGUUUCUUUAUUUAUUACUGAUCUCUUUAUGACCAUCUCAUUUCAAUCUGCAAUGUGUCAAUCAAAGGUCUGUCUUGAACAUUUAUUUCUCAUUUGACGCUUAUUGCACUCUUAUACAGACCGAGUAAUAGACGAACACAACACAUCCACCAUUCUGCCUAUUUUUGCUGCAGUAUAAGGCUGGUUUUGUGUUCUAUUUCAACCUCUCUGUGCCUCUGUACCUUCUCUGCUUUUCAUUAUCAUCAGAAGAGUAUCAAAAUACUUUGAAAAAUUUUUUUGUACCUCCUGCAUGCAGCCUUUUCCCUUUCUGAAAGGUCAGAGGGAAUGUCUUACAACCAGUGAUUGUACAAUCAGUGUUACUAAACAAGCAUUGAUGAAUACAAUCACUGAUUUAUUAUCAAUCUCACAGCAGUGAUGCCAAAGGUCAGGUGAGGUCAGAAGUCACGCUUUGACCUCAAACUGUGAGUUUCCCCCAUGUGAAUGUAUUUUAACCUCAACCUCAGUACCGCAAACCUCGGCAUGUAGGGCAGAACCAGUCAUGUAUGAGGAUAAGAAAUAGAGGCACAGGCUGUUGACUUCAGAAGAUUAUUUUGAUAAAAAGAAGUUAUGGACACUCGAAGCACUUUUAAAGCAAAAGGCAGCAACCAGCAGUCUUUUACUGUUGAAAACUUUCAUUUCUGAGCAGAUACACGUUUAUUAUGCGGGUAAUGAAGUGAGGGUGUCAUUUUGGGUUGCAGUAGGAGUGACUUUAUGCCACAAAAUGUUCUAGACUAUGCAAAGUUUAAAGAGGUAUUAGAAAAACCUGAUACACGCGUUCCAGUUAUAAAAGUGAAACUGUAUCCCACACAUUGUACAUGCACACUGACACAAGCCACUCGAAGAUUUUGGGAUCAUGUUCUUUUGGACUAAAAAGUAGAGUAGAGUGGGUUGGUUUUGAAGAACUACAGUUUGUGCACUUUUGCUGUAGGACUCGGGUAAAGGUGAUGAUGUGAUGUUAGACCAUCAUCACAGAUGUGCAGAGAGACCGAUACAAGAGUGCUGGUUUCCUGCUUUUCAGCCUCCAGCCCUGCAUGCCCUUGCUUAGGGACUUCAUGUGGGUGUGAUAGUGUGUGAAUCAUUCUUUCUUUUUUGAAAUGUUAUUAUACUGACAGAAACAGCCCUCUGCAAUAAAAACGUUUCCCUGA